AUGUUUUUCAGCCGUGGAGUCAAGAAUCCUGAAUGGAUGGGCCUAGCAGGGGUCGAUAUCAAGUUCCUAGUUCUUGCACACUUUUGCAUUGCCAUGGAGGAUAUUGACACCAACAAACUGGGACGUCUUGCAAAUGUAACACCAAAGCAUGCUUUACGCGCACUCAAUUACGCCAAGCGAAACCUAUCCGCGUUAUGUAUUGCUGAUCAUAGGUUCGAGUCGACUUUGACUCGAUGGCCAUUCCCUGCUGAAGGAGGCGCAGCGGAGUCGUCCGAGUUAGAAGUCGACAAGACUCAAUCAAAGACCCAUCACCAGAACGAUAAGCGCAAAGCCUACGCCGAACGCAAGAAAAAAGGCAAGCGCGUGUCUCUGGACGGUGACAGUGAGGACAUUGAAAACAGCGAGAUCGAAGACGACGACUCUUCACUGGUGAACUUCAACCCCGCAAGUAAGACCCAACGCCGGAACACUAAACAAAAGGCCACGAGACACAACAGACACAACAAGCACUCUACAAGUCAUGAAGUGAGAAAAGGAAGGGAUAGUCCUUUGUAUGCAGGCACCAACAUCUCAUCCUCCCGCGCACGCUACCAGAAUAUCGAGCGCAACCAGGGUGUGAAGCGUGGCAGAAGCCAAUACGCGUACCAGGAUGACUCCACAGAAGAAAGUGCCGACGAGUCCUCUGGCGAAGAGAUGAACGCCACUUCUUCCCGCACAAGCCAUGGCAGAGUUAAGCGUAAGCGGCUCGGAAACCUCGGUGAACUGGAUGAUACUUCGGACAACGAUAGUGACAUGGAGGAAGAAGUCGAACGCCGACCUGCUCGAGCAUAUGCCAAGUCCGCUUCGGGCAAGACCAGGUCCCAGGCUGCGAAUCACAAGAAGCUUGACAAGAGCAACGAACUCGCCGAGUCACCGGAUAAAGACCUUGUUAGGGGAGCUAUGGAUGGUCUUACUUUGGGAGGGAAUGUGGAGGCACCGAAGACAGAUGGUCGAUCUCCCCGAGCACAUGCCAAAUCUACUCCUGUCAAGAUGUCUGUCAAGGCUAAGUCCCAGAAUGGGAAUCGCAAGAAAGUUUACAAAACCAACGGACAAGCUGAGUCCCUGGAUAAAGACGUCGUUGGGGGAGCUAUGGAUGGUCUUACUCUAGAAGUGGAUGCACCGAAGACAAACGGGCAUGCUACUGCGAGGACCACAAAGGAAAAGCACGAUGAAAAGGCUGACCCCAUGCAUGAGGAAAACGAGGAAUCUGAGGAGCCCGACGAAGAUGAUGUCUGA